CCGUGGGCAUCUCGGCUGCCAGGAGCCUCGGUGCGCCGCCUGGCCGGGCGAGCGGCGGGGCCCGCCGUCAGUGCCGGGCCUCGCGGCGCCGGUGGUGCUGAUCUGUCGGCCCACGCUCACGGAGCUGCAGCCAGCCCUGCCUGGCUCCGUGCAGACCCGUGCGCGAGGCUCCCAGGACAACGCCACAAGAGACGGGUUUGCCAGGGGGGUGUUCGCCAAGAUGGCUGAGGGCCAGCGCGCCAUCACCCAAGGCAUGGACGAGCGUUUCGCGCACUUCGAGGAUCGGAUGGUGGAAGCUGAAAUCAGGAAGCACUCACUCAAGCUGGACGCGCUUGACAGCGCGUCUGGCCUGAAGCUCUACUGGCACGCCGCUGCUGUGCGACCUUUUCUGGCGGGCGCCCGUGGAACAGUCGCUCAAGGGAGCGCUGGAGCCUGGGACGGCGGAGUUGUGUUUUCGACGCGUUCUAUGCUAGAUGGGCCCGACAGGCCGCCACGUCUCAUCGCGUUGAAGCCGAGGGCGCCGUACAACUACGACGGCACGAGCGCGAAGAACAAGCGUGGGCACAUGAAAAAACAUUGGGAGGUCUCUGGCGAGAGUCUGGCGGCCGUCAGUGGAGGCGAGGUGAUCGCCUCCACGGACUUCGGCGCCCUCGUCCAGGUCGGCUCCUUCCAGCGCUCGCGAGCCCGCCUGGUUCGCGAGUGUGGGCCCGAGUGGCGAAG